AUGUCUGAAUCACCGAGGUCAGAAAAGUACAUGUGUCUGACUAGGUUCAGCACACCCGUCCCUGAACUGGAUGACCAUAGAUUUCAAUUGGAUCAUCCGCGCCUCGAAGCGGCGCCAGAUGCCCCGCUUAGUCGCCAGAACACCGCCCAACAAGGCCUAACGUCGGAGACCCCCCAGCGGCAAGACUUGCUCCACGUGCAGGAUGCUCUUCGAGAAGCGGGCUCAUUCUCCCGGGAUUUUGAGCAGGCAAUCGUGGACGAGGACCGAUCGGCCAAGGACAUUGGUGGUCUGGGGCGACGUUUUUCGAUCGACCCGGCUGGGAAUGCCCGUCAUGCUCGUACCUUCAGCCGGACGCACCAGGACCGGGCAAACAUCUCGAGGGAGUCGUCGGUUUCCGCCAGGUCAACGUCCCCCCCUAAUUCCGUGGAAGCUUUUGCGGACCCACGUCGGCGGGAGCGCGCGAAUACUUUGGAAAGCCACGCCCCUCCCGAUCUGGAGGCCAUUCUACAGCGCACGGUAUCUGGCGGUACUCAUCCACGCCGGCCAACUUUCAGCAACGCGGAUGCCAUUAGGCCUCAGCCCGGCGACAUACAAUUGGAGUCGAGCGAAGACACAUGUGUUCCGUCGUUCGAGCAACCGGGGCGAAUUCCGGUGAUUGAUUAUGAAGAACUGGAAGAAUUCGUCGCCUUGAAUCAAAAAUCGAAGCCCGCGGUCGCCAGUCGCAAGCAUAGCUUAAGCUCCCAGAGCCGCAAACCACGAGUUUUCUACGAUCUUCGCCCCGGGGCCCAGAAGCCCGAUGUGGAUGACAUGAAGCGUUCAUCCAGCGUUGAUCGUUCCUCGGACGAUGUGACGGCUUCUAACCUGAAGGAUACCGGACAUGACCUGGAGGAUGAAGCGAACGAGAAACAAUUGCUCGACAAUCUCAAGAACGAGAAUGAGCCUUCUCGAUUCGGAUUCUUUUCGUCCGAGUCUCAGAGUACCGUGCAUGCCGCGGAACUAGGCGACCUUGUGCUACCCGGAGACACAUUCCGAGAUCUAUUUCAGCUGGGCCCGGAUGGGGGUGUCUGGUGGCUCGAUGUGCUGAAUCCCACCGAAGCAGAAGUUGGAGCUCUCUCGCGGGCUUUCUCCAUCCAUCCCUUGACCACCGAGGAUAUUCUGACCCAGGAAGCCCGCGAGAAGGUGGAGCUGUUCAAACAGUACUACUUUGUCUGUUUCCGGACUUUUUAUCAGCUGGACAAAACAAGCGAGCAAUUCAUGGAGCCCGUCAAUUUUUAUAUGAUCGUGUUUCGCGACGGGGUGCUGUCGUUUUCCUUUACGGACAAUCCACAUGCGUCCAAUGUCAGAAAGAGAAUCGGCAAACUUCGUGACUACGUGUCUCUUAGCAGCGACUGGAUCUGCUAUGCCAUGAUUUUUGGUCCCGUGAUCCGCGAAAUCGAAGUCGAGUCCGAGGCCAUCGAAGAUCUCGUCUUCAUUGCGCGCAUGGACGACUUCGAGUCCUUUUUGCCGAGAAUCGGCGGCCUUCGGAAGAAGGUCAUGAGCUUAAUGCGCCUGUUGGGCGGUAAGGCGGACGUCAUCCGCGGGUUUUCCAAGCGUUGCAAUGAGCAGUACUCGGUGACGCCGCGUGGGGACAUUGGUCUUUACCUUGGUGACAUCCAGGAUCACGUGGUGACCAUGAUGUCGAACCUGGCGCAUUUUGAAAAGAUGCUGAGUCGCUCGCAUACCAACUAUCUGGCGCAGCUCAACGUGACCAACCUCGUGCUUGGGAAUCACGUCAACAAGGUCCUCAGCAAAGUAACGCUUAUCGCCACCAUGCUGGUCCCCAUGAAUUUGAUCUGUGGUCUGUUUGGGAUGAACGUCAAUGUCCCGGGGCAAAACGUCGACGGCCUUGGCUGGUUCUUUGGCAUCCUCGGCGUGAUUGCAGCCGUGAUCGUCAUCAGCCUUGCCGAUGCAGCAAACUCAGAUGAUACCUGGUCAGGGGAAAGUCAAGGCAACGUGAGCCUUGGUGGAGCCCUGCAGUUUCCCUUCGCCCUGGAGUCUCACGAGGGACUUGUCCUUGAGGAUGUUAUAGAUGAGCCUGGAGAGACGCGGGACCUCGACAUCAUCCGCCGAGCUCCCGCAGGGUCAUCCGCACUAGGAAACAACAAACACAAGGAAGGCGCCAUCAAACUAGGCGAGGUGCAGUGGUGGUAUUUCCCCAAAGACGCUGGGGACGGCAAGACGACGAACGAGACGUCUGGAGGCCAGACCCAUGACAACUUGAAACGCUCACGCACCGUCUUUGUCUCGCUGACCACCUGCUCGAAGCCGAGCUCCGACAAGGCUGAGUCGAGCCAUGAGCCGUCCUUACCCCAGCUCGAGGUAUACGUCUCCAUAUCCAACUCCCUACAGAAGCCAGGGCCCGACCAAGACUCCACCAGUCAGAGGAAAACCGAAUCCGAGGAUGGUUACAUGAGUAUUACUGUACCGGCCCAGGGGGAUGUCUAUCUUGGUGUCGCCGCGCCCAAUAGCAGCGACUUCUCGGGGGGAUAUAGUUACCAAAUCGCCGCUUCGACCGAUGGCUACUACCACAACGUUAAUGAUUCACAUCAGUUCUUACGCUUCCUGGAUGCGGAUGCGAACUCUGCGCUUUUCGCCACGCAGAGCCUAGAAGAGCCGUCUCUUGAUUUGACGAAUGCCGGAAACUGGUCGGACAUGACACCCCCGUUCACCAUGUUCGUCAGCAACGUGAAUAACACCGCCAUAUCGGGCUUGCAGCGGUCAUACUGUGCACUCGAGAAAUUUGCCCAAUUUGGAAAAGGGAGCCGUGAACUCCAAACAAGCCUGACCAACCGAAGCAUGGAGGUCGAGGAACAGUUCUACCUCUCGGGGCUUAAUCGGAGCUCUAAUUAUAUCGGGAUUCUAGCAAUGGAUGGCAAUUCGACGAGCUCUGAGAACGGGAUCAUCGGGGGCGGCGGGAAGGUUUGGAAACCAUUCCGCUUCUCGACGAAAGCAGAGGACAAUUGCGCGAUUCUAUUCAAUUUGUCGUUUUGCUCCGACGUUGCAUAUGCGGUGCCCGCAAACCCAUCCUUGAAGUCGGCAGAGCUUGGAUCAAUCUAUGAUGAUUAUGCCGCCGCCAUGUACAAGAACUUCUCCUACUCUCUUGACCAGAUUCAAUGCGAUGCUCCUGACGAAACCCGAUUCUCCUUGGCCGUUGGAUGUGAUGAUUGCGCCGAGGCGUACAAACAAUGGCUCUGCGCCGUCACCAUUCCCCGGUGUUCCGACUUCUCGAGCUCGGAGAAAUUCCUCCGGACUCGGAAUGCUGGCCAGGCUUUUGUCAACGGCACCUCGCUCGACGACCAGGAUCCGCUGCGGCGUAACCCUAUCACCAACCAGUCGCGGAAUCCGUUGAUUGACAGCCGCGUCAAACCGGGACCGUACAAAGAGGUUCUCCCCUGCCAGGAUGUGUGCUACGAACUCGUCAAGAGCUGUCCGGCGGCGCUAGGGUUCAGCUGCCCCGACGGAAAGUGGCUGAAUGCCUCGUACGGCAUUCGCUCUGACAACACCAGCGUUACGACCUGCAACUACCCGGGGGCGAAAGCUUCGCAAAGUGGCGCGCGAGACCUACGUCGAUCCCUGUGGACGACUUUAUAUCUGUUAGCAAGCCUGUGGCUCCCCAUUUGGCUCUUAUGA